GUCUUGGCGGAGGGCUGAGGAGCUUCGCGCCGAUGCUCCCAGAGCACGUCCACCUGCGCCGUAUCGAACGGCAGGGGUGGACUUGGACCAUCCAGUGUUCCAAGCAUCACACGGUGCCUGCACGGCAGAGAGGCCGAUGGGGAUGAAAGGCGCGUCGUCGACGCCAACCUUUGCAGCUGCGUCCAUGUUCCCACGCUUUGCCGCAUACGAGGCCCAGUUCCACAAAGCCGACGACGGCCAGGCACCUCGACCACGGCAGCGGCCGUCGAGCGCUCCAGGCCUAAGGACCUCUGCUAGCUUCACCGCGGAAAAGCGAGGCUCCGCGGAACCUUUGCGGCAACCGGGCCCUGAGGUUACUCGGCCAUCGAGUGCACACGGGCCAACAUCUGGAACAAGGAAUUCACACAAGCCUCCGCCGCACACGCCGUCGGCCAACCUGUCACCCUCCUGGGUGCAACGAUGGAAGACUUGGAUGCGCUUUGCGGGCACGAUUCCGGGCGAGGAGGAGUUGCGAGCUGGCAGCAAACGUUCUCAGAGCAGCGCAUCCUCGCAGCCACGGAGCCGUGCAGACAGUGGGGCUUCUGGGGCCUCCUCCAUGCCGGCGAGUUGGUGGUCCCGGCGGUCUGAGUUCCACGAGCGGACUCAGGACACCUGGGACCGGCCUCGGCCCGGGCGCGGCGAGAAACCCGCCCAGGCGCAGGCGAAAGCAAAGCCCAGCUUCGAGAGAAGAGACUCUUUCGAUGAAAGUAUGCCUCGCUCCAGGGGCAGCCGAAGCAAGGAGUCUUCCAACACAGCGGGGCCCCGUCCGCCUCUCCUCAAGGCCGACAUGCGCGAAAAGCACUUGGCUCUUCUGGGCUUCCCGCCUUCGGCCAAGCCGUCCCCUGAAGAGCUGAAAAAGGCUUACAGAGCGAUGGCCAUGCGGUGGCAUCCGGACCGACCACACAAUCGCGAGAAGGCUUCGGAGGCUACAGCUAACUUCAAGGCUGCCAAAGCUGCCUAUGACUCUCUGAGGGUGUAG